AUGAGUGUCAGUUUACAAAAAAAAACCAUCGAAUACAGUGAAUACAAGUCAGAACUACAGCUGCCAGAGAUCAUUCGUCUGAUCGAAAACGACCUAUCAGAGCCUUAUUCAGUAUAUACAUAUCGCUACUUUAUUCACAAUUGGCCAAACUUGUGCUUCUUGGCAAAAGAUGGCGACAAAUACGUAGGCGUGAUUAUCUGCAAGCUAGAUAGACAUAAAGACAGACUUAGAGGAUACAUUGCUAUGUUGGCAGUAGCAAAGACACAUCGCAAAUUGUCGAUUGGAUCCAACCUAGUCAAAAAGGCUAUACACGCUAUGAAGGAUAUGAAUGCAGACGAGGUGGUAUUAGAAACAGAAUUUACCAACCAGGGCGCACUGGGAUUAUACCAACGAUUAGGAUUCAUCAAGGACAAGCGACUCUACAGAUACUAUCUCAAUGGCGUUGAUGCAUUUCGACUCAAACUGUUUUGUAAAACCAUGAUUAAACAAGAUGCUCAAGUAGUUUGA